UUUUUGAACAUUCCUCCGCAAAGUUGUCAUCCACCAAGCAGUAGUGCUAACAGUGAAAUGCGCGGUCCUCCGCCGCACUGGAAUCCUCCAUCGCCACCGUUACCUGAACAAAAUGUGAUGAAUCCACGUUUAGAGGAAUCACAGUAUGAAGAACCGCAAAUGCCGGUGGAUAUGGUUGCAAGUGAAAGUGCAUUCGGACGACCCUCAAUAAGUGGUCGAAUACCGUUGGCUGUCAAUAACAAUUAUUCACUGUCUAACGCUCAACAGAUGAGAAAUGCAGCAAGGUCUCGUAAUGCCCGACCGGAAACAUCUGGAGUUGCAUCACCAUGGGACGACGAAACCAGGCAGAUGCUCGUACAGAAUCCUGAAACGGGCAGCUUUUAUGUACCAACUGGAUCCGGUAAGAUGUUUUUUUUUUUCUGGUUGUUCUUGAUGCUGUUUGCUUUUUUUUCUUCUUUUUUAUUUGUUGUUACCAUAUCGGUAUCAAUUAUUAUUUGA